AUGGCAGAGGCGGUUGCUCCAGACAGAUUUCUGGCCCACGGGCCAAAACAGCAGCCAAGCCAGAAAAUGAUCCAUACUAUCGCAGGGCCCCCAAGUAGGGCAAUCCCCUCAAAGUUGAGGGAGAUGAGCGCGGGCCACGCCGCCCCUGGAUUCGCCCCGGUGCUGUUGUCAGCCAUUUUCUUGUUGUUGCUGUUGCUUGCUGUUGCUUCUGUUAUUGCUGUUGCUGUUACUGUUGUUGUUGCUGUUAUUGUUGCUGGUGUCGUUGCUGCUGAGGACGAAGGAGAAAGGAAGAGGAAGAGGAAGAUUCAGUGUGCGCUUUCUUCUUCGCCUAAAGGAGACGCGUUUGGCCGUCGCGGGUUCUGCUGCCACUCACCGCCCUCACCACCCCCUUAG